AAGAUGUUAUACAAUACUGUAGAUCAACUGUCAGAUCCCCAGAUUGCGGGGGUUGUGGGGCUGCAUUCACUACCGGCCUUCACUCUUCGCUGCGCCUUCUGUUUUUGGCUUCCUCUCUGUCGCUUUCCCACUUUCUUUCUUUCUUAAAUUCUCCCUCUCCCCUCAUGUCGUCUUUCUCUCUCCUCGACCUGCCUUCUCAUCCAUCACCACCACCAUCACCAUGUUGGUCGGCAACAUCUACGUGAUUGCGGCCGUCGCCGUCGUCGGUGGUGCUCUCUUUGGCUUCGACAUCUCGUCCAUGUCGGCCCAGCUGAGCGAGAACUCCUACAAGUGCUACUUCAACCAGGGCCCCAGCGGUCCGCCCUUUGACGACAGCUCCGACUGCUCUGGUCCCAGAUCGCUGGUCCAGGGUGGUAUCACUGCAGCUAUGCCUGCUGGUUCCUGGCUCGGUGCCUUGGUCUCUGGUAUCCUCUCUGAUUAUGCUGGUCGACGUCCCUCUAUCAUGAUCGGCUGCGCGAUCUGGAUGAUCGGUUCUACCAUCAUGUGUGCCUCGCAGAACAUCGGUAUGCUCGUCGUCGGUCGUGUCAUCAACGGUUUCGCUGUCGGAAUCGAAUCCGCCCAGGUUCCCGUCUACAUCAGUGAGCUGUCGCCUCCCUCUAAGCGUGGUCGAUUCGUCGGUCUGCAGCAGUGGGCUAUCACCUGGGGUAUUCUCAUCAUGUACUAUAUCUCUUACGGAUGCUCCUUCAUCGGCGGCAAGACUGCACAAACAUACACCCCGACUGCGUGGCGAGUCCCUUGGGCAUUGCAGAUGCUUCCUGCCGUCUUCCUUGGGUUCGCCAUGAUCUUCCUUCCCGAAUCCCCCCGUUGGCUUGCACGAAAGGAUCGCUGGGAGGAAUGCCACAAGAUCCUGGCCCAUGUCCAUGCCAAAGGCGAUCUCAACCACCCCUUCGUUCAGGUGGAAUUGAAUGAUAUUCGGGAGAUGUGCCAGACUGAGAGCCAUCACAAGGAUUCUACCUACAUCGAUCUGUUCAAACCCAACAUGAUCCACCGUACUUUGACCGGGUUGUUCAUGCAGAUUUGGUCCCAGUUGACCGGCAUGAAUGUCAUGAUGUACUACAUCGGUUAUGUCUUCGCCAUGGCCGGCUAUUCCGGUAACGCCAACCUCGUCGCCGGUUCCAUCCAAUAUAUCAUCAAUGUCAUCAUGACCCUACCUGCCCUGAUCUGGAUGGAUCGCUGGGGUCGACGUCCAACUCUUCUCAUCGGUGCUGUUCUCAUGGCCACAUUCAUGUACGCCAAUGCCGGCAUCUUGGCUACCCACGGUAUUCUCGUCCCCGGUGGUGUCGACAAAGUCGCGUCGGUUCCUAUGAGGCUCAGCGGUGCUCCGGCCAAGGGAAUGAUCGCGUGUACGUACUUAUUCGUCGCGUCCUAUGCUCCAACAUGGGGACCGGUCUCGUGGACGUACCCUCCGGAGCUCUAUCCGCUGCGUCUGCGAAGUCAGGGUGUCUCAAUGUCGACGUCUGGAAAUUGGGCGUUCAACACGGCGUUGGGGCUCUUCACUCCAGUAGCGUUUGAGAAUAUCAGCUGGAAAACGUACAUCAUUUUCGGUGUUUUCAACACGGCCAUGUUUUUCCACGUUUUCUUCCUCUUCCCGGAGACCGCAGGCAAGACAUUGGAAGAGACGGAGGCCAUGUUUGAGGAUCCGAAUGGGAUCAAGUACAUCGGUACACCUGCUUGGAAGACGAGCAAGAAGACGACAACGACGGUACAGCUGGAACGGGGAAAUAUCGAAUCCAAGCUUCCACCACAGCCGACUAGCGUUCACGAGGAGCGCAAGGUGGAGGUGUGAGGAAGUGCAGGCGCAGGUGCAAUUGUCGAAUUAUUUCUUUAACUCUGUCAAUAUUCUUCAGUUAGUAUCCCAUUGCCUGGUUGAAAUAUCAUCCAGAUAUACCCGUCAUGCUUAGCAUCAAGUGCAGAUAAUGUUAUUCAAUGUGAUGUAUCAGAAUUAAGCAUGUGGAGUACUUUGUAUUUGCCAUUCUCAUAAAAUAUGCCGAUAUCUUCGGACCAGUCAUCUGCAUUCGUGGGGAUCAGUCUAUUUGUCGCCACUUUUUCACCGUUCUACGCCAGUCAAUCAUCAUAAAAUAAGAUGAUAGCGACGAAUGGAUCAACAACGCAGCCAGUCGGACAGGCCCGGUCAGAACUGCGGCAGAUUCUGGAUCUAUCACAUUUGUCUGUAGAUUCACAAAAUAAUGUGUACAACACUUGCCAGCUGAAUUUUCACUUGAAGAUGGAGAAGAAGUAGAACUGGGA